GAGCCGCAAACAGAACCGUUGGAUUUGUCAAUGUCAAGAAUGACUGAAGGACGGAUUGGACCAUCAGCUCUAUCAGUGAUCGAGAGACAAUUAGAACUCAACGAAAUUGAUCAAAAUGACGCAAUUUCAUUGAACCCACCGAUUCAAGAAGUGAGUAGGGAACAAACAGGUACAGGAAUAAAUCAAAAGAAAAUCUGGCUUAAGAAGUAUCGAAAUGAAACAUCCAACGAGUGGUAUCAAAAUGAAACGUCCAACAUCCAAACAAUCAGAAGGAAACAGUCCAAAGGAAACAAAGGUAGCACCAGAAAGAAACAUCCAGAGCGUUCGACUCACACAGGUGAAAAGCGGUUCAAAUGCAAAACAUGCGGAAAGGGUUUUGCUAAGCCAUCGGAUAUGAAGAAACAUGCGAGAAUUCACACAGGUGAUAAACCGUACAAAUGCGAA